AUGGAGGCAAUACUAGCUCGGGCGCUGGAGUACACCCUCAAGUACUGGCUGAAAUCCUUCUCCAGGGACCAGUUGAAGCUUCAGGGCCGCACUGUCCAGCUUUCCAAUCUAGAUAUCAACGGCGACGCCUUGCACGCUAGUAUGGGACUUCCACCGGCGAUUAAUGUGACCAAGGCAAAAGUCGGGAAAUUCGAAAUUAUUCUACCCUAUGUGAGCAAUGUGCAAACUGAACCAAUUGUCGUGCAAAUCGAUAAGCUUGAUUUGGUUUUCGAGGAGAACCGGGAUUGGGAUAAUUCUAGCAAGACUCAAGAUCCUUCAUCUUCCUCUAGCACCAGCAAAAGUAGUGGCUACGGUUUUGCUGACAAGAUUGCAGAUGGAAUGACAAUCAAGGUUAGCACUGUGAAUCUUCUACUUGAGACACAUGGGGGUGCUCGUCGAGGGGGAGGAGCUGCUUGGGCUCCACCAAUGGCAUCUAUCACCAUACGUAACCUUGUGCUUUAUACCACUAAUGAAAACUGGGAGGUAGUAAAUCUCAAGGAUGCACGCGACUUCUGCAAUGGCAAAACAUUCAUAUAUGUUUUCAAGAAACUGGAAUGGGGAUCUUUAUCUAUCGAUCUCUUGCCUCAUCCAGAUAUGUUCACUGAAGCCAGUAUAGAACACUAUCAGGAGAAAAAGAACCAGAGAGAUGAUGAUGGUGCAAAGCGAGUUUUCUUUGGUGGAGAACGAUUCCUUGAAGGGAUAUCAGGCGAGGCUUAUAUCACACUCCAGCGGACUAACCAAAAUUGUCCUCUUGGUCUAGAGGUUCAACUGCAUGUUACAGAAGCUGUCUGCCCUGCACUGAGUGAACCAGGACUUCGUGCCCUCCUCCGCUUCUUCACAGGGUUGUAUGUGUGUCUUAACAGAGGGGAUGUGGAUCUGAAAGCCCAGCAGUCAUCCACUGAAGCAGCAGGAUGUUCUCUUGUAUCCAUUAUGGUGGACCAAAUAUUUCUCUGCAUUAAAGAUUCUGAGUUCCGGCUUGAACUUCUGAUGCAGUCACUCUUAUUUUCACGGGCAACAGUUUCUGAUGGUGAAUUUGCCAAAACCUUGACCAAGGUCAUGAUAGGAGGGCUCUUCUUGAGAGAUACAUUUUGCCGACCUCCAUGUACUUUAGUACAACCAUCCAUAUUGGCUACUGCUGAAAAUGUUACGCAGCCUCCUGCAUUUGCUAUGAACUUCUGCCCUCCAAUAUAUCCUCUUGAAGAGCAGCAGUGGCAAUUGAGUGCAGGCACUCCUUUGAUUUCCCUACAUUCUCUUCAAGUCCAGCCUUCCCCAGUCCCUCCUUCUUUUGCUUCUCAGACUCAUAUUGUUUGCCAGCCUCUCACUAUUUACCUUCAAGAAGAAUCAUGUUUGAGGAUAUCUUCAUUCCUGGCGGAUGGUAUUGUUGUCAACCCUGGGGAUGUCUUGCCUGAGAUAUCAGUGAACUCCAUGAACUUCACGCUGAAGGAAUUAGAUUUUACAGUUCCCUUACAAAUGAGUGAUUCAAAUACUCCUGAAAAUGAUGGUAGCUCUGGUGGCCAAGGUUCCUUUACUGGAGCAAGGCUUUACAUAGAAAACAUGUUCUUCUCGGAGUCUCCUAUUCUAAAACUUAGGCUCCUGAACCUUGAGAAGGAUCCUGCAUGUUUUUCUCUUUGGCCAGGUCAACCUAUUGAUGCCAGCCAGAAAAAAUGGACUGCUGGUGCCUCAUGCCUUAGUUUAUCUCUUGAAACCAUUGCUAGCUUAUCCGAGAUACCAAAACCUGAUGGACCGACUUCAGAACUGUGGAGAUGUGUUGAACUAAGAGAGGGAUCAGUUCAGGUGGCUAUGGUAUCCCCCGAUGGGAGCCCACUGACAAACAUUCCUCCUCCUGGUGGUAUUGUGAGGAUAGGGAUAGCUUGUCAGCAGUAUAUAUCAAACACUUCUGUUGAGCAGUUAUUUUUCGUCCUGGAUCUGUAUACAUACUUCGGAAGAUUUAGUGAAAAGAUUGCCUUGGCUGGCAAAGAAAGUAAAGCAAAUAGAGGUCUGAUUGAAUCGACAAGCCAAAGGCUAAUGGAUAAGGUUCCAGCUGAUACUGCAGUUAGCUUGAGAGUGAACGAACUUCAACUUAGAUUUUUGGAAUCGUCUACUAUAAAAGUUGAGGGAAAGCCUCUUGUUCAGUUCAUUGGGGAUGGUCUCUUCAUUAAAGUUAUUCAUAGAACCCUUGGCGGUGCUGUUGCUGUUUCGUCAGUUCUACAGUGGCAGAGUGUUGAGAUAGACUGUGUAGAGACUGAAGAUGAGUCAAUGAUGAGCACUGUUGAGAAUGGCCAUUUAAUAAGUGUUAAUGGAUACCCUGAUCUCAGAGCUGUCCUUUGGGUAAAUAAGGAGACCGUGCCGAAAUCCAACGGUAAAUUUUCUGUGGUUCCUUUUCUAGAUGUAAGCAUGGAACAUAUGAUUCCUUUCAGUGAAGAGGAUAGAGAGUGCCAUAGUUUAGGAGUAUCAGCCUGCAUUUAUGGUCUCCGUCUUGGUGGAGGAAUGGAUUAUUGUGAGUCCCUGCUGCAUCGGUUUGGGAUACUUGGGCCUGAUGGUGGUCCUGGGGUGGGGCUAUCUAGAGGAUUAAAGAAUUUAUCAACGGGUCCAGUAUCAAAACUUUUCAAAGCUUCGCCUCUUGUUGCUGAGGAUGUUGGAGAAGAUGGAAGUUUGGGGUGUGAUAAUGAAGCUGGUCUGCUGCAGCUUGGAAUGCCAGAUGAUGUUGAUGUGCGUGUAGAAUUCAAAGACUGGUUAUUUGCUCUUGAAGGUGAACGAGAAUUAGCAGUUGGGUCGUCAUUUGUUGACCAGGAUAAUCUAUGUAGAGAGCAGAGGAGUUGGCACACUACUUUCCAGAGUUUUCUGGUGAAAGCGAAGAGUAGUAUGAAGAACGAGCUACGUGGUGAAGGCAAUACACAUUUGCGGAAAUAUCCUGUAGAUUUAGUUACAGUUAGUGUGGAAGGGUUACAGAUACUGAAACCACAUUCUCAAAAACAUGUUAGAGUUUCUGAAAAUGGAGAAGUUGUACGGUCACCUGGAGGGUUAGAUAUCGAGGUUAGUUUGGUGAUGCCAGAGGAAGAUGUUGAUGACGAUGAUGAUGACUAUCAUAUGGACAAGUGGGAAGCAGAGAACGUCAAGUUCUCUGUCAAGCAACCGAUUCAGGCUGUUGUCACCAAAGAUGAGCUCCAACAUCUUGCAUUCUUGUGUAAGUCAGAGGUGGAUGCCAUGGGUAGGAUUACUGCUGGUAUCCUGAGGCUCCUGAAGCUGGAACGCUCCAUCGGUCUGGCCGCCAUUGAUCAGCUUAGCAACCUUGGGAGCGAGGGUUUUGAAAAGAUUUUCACUCCAGAAAGGCUAAGCAGAGUGAGUAGCCCUCACAGCUUCGCAACCUUACCAGCGUUGAAUCUGAGCAAUGGCGUCACCGAUGAGAGGAAAACAGAAUCUACAGUGUGUUUGCUGGAGGAAGCAGUCGAAUAUUCACAAGCUAAAUGUGCAGCCAUUAUGAACAACCUGUCGAGCCCGGAAUCAUCGGCGCAGAAUCUCUCAGAUAUUAUACAGGUAUGUCAGAACCUUGAAAGCAUGAAAGAUUUGCUGAUGCAAUUACGGACUCGGAUUUAG